CGUUGUUCUACAUGUUUUUCAUCCUCGCAGUUUAUCAGAACACAAUUAAAUUAAUUAAUUUAAAAUGUUCAAAUUAAGUUUCAUUAUUUUCAUGUUGGUGGCUAUUGCGAACGUUUUAAGCAGUGACGCCCCAGCCCCAGACUGCACCUCGCCUCUUGAGACCGGACCAUGCAGAGGCAGGAAAGUUGCUUUCGGCUACGAUACUGACUUGGAAGGAUGCAAACAGUUCAUCUACGGAGGAUGUGACGGCAACGGCAACCGUUACAACACUCUAGAGGAGUGUCAGGCUGCUUGCGAGAAUGACUGCAACAAAUAAUAACGAAAUGCAAGCAAUCAAUUGGGUAUUUGACAGCACAGUCAAUUGACAUACUUUUUUCAAACUGUCAAAACGCACCAUUCCCUAUUUUUCACAUUUUGCAAAGUAGAGGGAAUCUAAAGGUCAUAGCAGACUUAUCAACUCGGAAAGGGAUCAUGACGAGCUAUCAUCGCCUUUCCCGCGUUGUCAACUGUCAACUGCGAGGCGAGGCGUUUACGUUACUGUGCGGAUAGGUGUGGGUUACAGUAUGGAGUUUCAUACAAAUACUGAUCGCAUCGAGUUGAUACGGUUACAAUCCCUGUCCGUGUUGAUAAGUGUGCUACGUCCUUGAGUUAGCAAUGAUAACUAAAGCUAAGUGGUGUCGUGUUAUUAUCGGUAAUUAGUGUCAACUACCCAAUUGUAUCGAUAUGAUUUACCUAAAAGAUGAGAAAUAUUCUUUUUAUUUAACUAUGUAUUUAUUAUAAAAGCAACAGCCAAAAUGGUGCGUUUU